AGCUGACCACAAUGCUGUCUUUGUGGGUGAUUAGGCCACAAACCUAGACUCACCCUGGACCCUUCUCUCACCUCCCCGGGGCAUGCUAUCUGUCAGCAAGUCCUAUUCUGUGUUCAGGCUUUCUCCAGACCCCAGCUACUUCUCGCCAGCCCCACUGCUACCACCAUCAUCUACCGCAGUGGCUUCUUCAGCCCCGACAGUCUGUUCUUCUCACAACCGCCAGGGGGAUCCUGUUGAAAUCUCAGUCACAGCCUGUCAUCCCUCUGUUCACAACCCUCUUGUGGCUCCUGUCUCACUCAACAUCCUGACAGCACCCGAAAAAGCCUGGCUCAGUCUGGCCCCCGUCACUCUGUUCUCCUCUCCCGCUGCCUCCCUCCUCUCCCCCGAACCCAUGUCGGCCUCCUCUCCCCAUGUCACCUGCCAGGCACUCUCCAGCCUUGGGCCCUUCACACCGGCUGCCGCUUCCACCUGGCUUGCUGCUCUCAGAUACUCACGAGCUCAGUUCCUUCACCUCCUUUUGGUCUCUGCCCAGUUGUCCCCUCCUUGGCGACUACUCUCCCCUGACUCUCCAUGUAAAAGUAACAGCUCUCCCCUGCUUGAUUUUUUUCCCAUAACCCUUACCACCAUCCGACGCACUCUUGUACAUGUUUGCCUUUUUUCUCAUCUGCCUUCCCUGCUAAGAUAUGAGCUCCUCUGGAGCAGGGAUUGUUGUCUGUUGCGUUCUCGACUGUAUCCGCAGCACCUGGCCCACAGUAGGCACUCACCAAAUGCUUGCUAAGUGAAGGAGAUGGAAAGAAGUAAACAUAUCAAAGCAAGGCAGAUUACUAGAACUCUUAUGAGGGGUCAAGUGGGAGAAAUAACAAAAUACAAAGCCCCGUGUGCUGUUGAAGCUGGAAGCCCACCGUCACCUUUCACUCAGCUGAUAGGUUCUGUUGCAGCUGAAAGAAGAACUGGUAAAAUUGCCUGUCUUUGCCACCAGGAGUCACUCUGAACUCUUUGGACUUCUGAAACAAGCCUGCCUGCAAAACAAAUUCAGUGAGGUCUCUGGUGACAGGACUCUCUAAUCGGACACUUCAUGGCUUUGUGACUUGUAUAAUUGAACAGGAAGCUCAUGUUUAUUUCCAGUUUGCUCUCAGGAAAGAAAGCAGUAAUGGGGUGACAGGGAGGAUCCUGUUCUUUGAAGGACAUGCUGAGAGGGAACAGUCGGUGUGAGGGGCCCUUUAGCCUAAUGGUGAAAUGCUUAGUCAACUGGAACCUGACUGCCUGGCUCCAAAUGCUGGCUCUGCCACAUGUGGCCUAUGGAAGGUACCCCUGGGAUGGCGUGAGCACUCCCCCAGCGAUGGACCCAUCUGUGACGCUGUGGCAGUUUCUGCUGCAGCUGCUGAGAGAGCAAGGCAAUGGCCACAUCAUCUCCUGGACUUCACGGGAUGGUGGUGAAUUCAAGCUGGUGGAUGCAGAGGAGGUGGCCCGGCUGUGGGGGCUACGCAAGAACAAGACCAACAUGAAUUACGACAAGCUCAGCCGGGCCUUGCGGUACUACUAUGACAAGAACAUCAUCCGCAAGGUGAGCGGCCAGAAGUUCGUCUACAAGUUUGUGUCCUACCCUGAGGUCGCAGGGUGCUCCACUGAGGACUGCCCGCCCCAGCCAGAGGUGUCUGUUACCUCCACCAUGCCAAAUGUGGCCCCUGCUGCUAUACAUGCCGCCCCAGGGGACACUGUCUCUGGAAAGCCAGGCACACCCAAGGGUGCGGGAAUGGCAGGCCCAGGCGGUUUGGCGCGCAGCAGCCGGAACGAGUACAUGCGCUCGGGCCUCUAUUCCACCUUCACCAUCCAGUCUCUGCAGCCGCAGCCACCCCCUCAUCCUCGGCCUGCUGUGGUGCUCCCCAAUGCAGCUCCUGCAGGGGCAGCAGCGCCCCCCUCGGGGAGCAGGAGCACCAGUCCAAGCCCCUUGGAGGCCUGUCUGGAGGCUGAAGAGGCCGGCUUGCCUCUGCAGGUCAUCCUGACCCCGCCCGAGGCCCCAAACCUGAAAUCGGAAGAGCUUAAUGUGGAGCCGGGUUUGGGCCGGGCUUUGCCCCCAGAAGUGAAAGUAGAAGGGCCCAAGGAAGAGUUGGAAGUUGCGGGGGAGAGAGGGUUUGUGCCAGAAACCACCAAGGCCGAGCCAGAAGUCCCUCCACAGGAGGGCGUGCCAGCCCGGCUGCCCGCGGUUGUUAUGGACACCGCAGGGCAGGCGGGCAGCCAUGCGGCUUCCAGCCCUGAGAUCUCCCAGCCGCAGAAGGGCCGGAAGCCCCGGGACCUAGAGCUUCCACUCAGCCCGAGCCUGCUAGGUGGGCCGGGACCCGAACGGACCCCAGGAUCGGGAAGUGGCUCCGGCCUCCAGGCUCCUGGGCCGGCGCUGACCCCAUCCCUGCUUCCUACGCAUACAUUGACCCCGGUGCUGCUGACACCCAGCUCGCUGCCUCCCAGCAUUCACUUCUGGAGCACCCUGAGUCCCAUUGCGCCCCGUAGCCCGGCCAAGCUCUCCUUCCAGUUUCCAUCCAGUGGCAGCGCCCAGGUGCACAUCCCUUCUAUCAGCGUGGAUGGCCUCUCGACCCCCGUGGUGCUCUCCCCAGGGCCCCAGAAGCCAUGACUACUACCACCACCACCACCACCCCUUCUGGGGUCACUCCAUCCAUGCUCUCUCCAGCCAGCCAUCUCAAGGAGAAACAUAGUUCAACUGAAAGACUCAUGCUCUGAUUGUGGUGGGGUGGGGAUCCUUGGGAAGAAUUACUCCCAAGAGUAACUCUCAUUAUCUCCUCCACAGAAAACACACAGCUUCCACAACUUCUCUGUUUUCUGUCAGUCCCCCAGUGGCCGCCCUUACACGUCUCCUACUUCAAUGGUAGGGGCGGUUUAUUUAUUUAUUUUUUGAAGGCCACUGGGAGGAGCCUGACCUAACCUUUUAGGGUGGUUAGGACAUCUCCCCCACCUCCCCACUUUUUUCCCCAAGACAAGACAAUCGGGGUCUGGCUUGAGAACGACCUUUCUUUCUUUAUUUCUCAGCCUGCCCUUGGGGAGAUGAGGGAGCCCUGUCUGCGUUUUCGGAUGUGAGUAGAAGAGUUAGUUUGUUUUGUUUUAUUAUUCCUGGCCAUACUCAGGGGUCCAGGAAGAAUUUGUACCAUUUAAUGGGUUGGGAGUCUUGGCCAAGGAAGAAUCACACCCUUGGAAUAGAAAUUUCCACCUCCCCAACCUUUCUCUCAGACAGCUUAUCCUUUUCAACCAACUUUUUGGCCAGGGAGGAAUGUCCCUUUUGUUCUUCCCCCUGAGAAGCCAUUCCUUUGUCUGCCAACCUCCCUGGGGUCCUGCCUGUUUCCUCCCAAUGGAGGGUUUUUUUGGGGGGUGGUCCCCGUCUGGGGGGCCCCUCCAGCCAGUACUCCAGGUCUCCCUGUCUCUCCCCCGCUGCCAUUUUGAUAGUAUAAUCUAUUUUUAAAUGGGGCUUUUCAAUAGGGGAGAGGGAGUCAUCUCUUCCUAUAUUUGGUGGGGUGGGUGGGAAGGAAGGGAUUUGGGGGGGAAUCUUCCUGCUGCCUCCCCCACUCCAAGUGUUUAUUUUUGAUACCAAACGUGAAUUUUCAGUUCCCUCCCUCCCAGCCCCCCAAUUUCCUGCGGGCGGGUACAAAGGACCCUUUCAAUGUCCCUGGAGUUGGGAGGGAGGAAUGGGGGACAUAAAGCCUGUCCUGUCUCUAUUCUAGGCAAGAGAGAGUGGGUUCAAAAGACUCCUGGGCUCACCUGUUAGCGCUGGCCCAGCCCAGGCCUUGGGACCUGGGGGUUGGUGAUUUGGGGGACGGUGCUACACUCGUCUCCACUGUUUGUUUUACUUCCCCAAAAUGGACCUUUUUUUUUUCUAAAGAGUCCCAGAGAAUGGGGAAUUGUUCCUGUAAAUAUAUAUUUUUCAAAGUGA